CGGGAGCCGUCGGCAGCCGGCAAGGCGGAGGCACUGCCGGGCGAUGCCCCGACUCUCCGCCGCCGCCUCGGCCUCCUCCUGCGCCAGGGGCUCGGAGCUGCGGAUCUGCGGGGCGAUGUCCGCAAAGUUCCAGGAGGCAGCGGCCGGCAUCUCCCUGCGCUCCCGCCGCGGCGCCUUUUGUGCGAGGCAGAAGGAUUUUUGUGGAAGAUGGAACUCUGUCCGUUUUCCAGAAUGUGUAUCCGAGCCCAUCAGUGGAACCUGACCCUACAGUGCUGUAUCGAAAUGCCUGAAGAGGACCCACAUUUCUGCCUGAACCUCCUGUCCUUCUAAAAUCAUGAUUGUCUCAGCGGUGUUGACUGCAUCCCAUACUGGGACAUCCAACACAACAUUUGUAGUCUAUGAAAACUCCCAUGUGAAUAUUACGGCGUCUCCACCAUUGCAACAUCCUAGUCCUGGUCCACUGCUUAGAUAUAGCCUGGAAACCAUGACCAGCACGGGACUUAGUUCCUUAGCAGUGAACAGCACAGCCAUGACCCCGACACCAGCAGUUUUUAAGAGCCUAAACUUAGCUCUCCAGAUCAUCCUUUCGGCUAUAAUGAUAUUUAUUCUGUUUGUGUCUUUCCUUGGAAACUUGGUUGUUUGCCUCAUGGUUUACCAAAAAGCUGCCAUGCGCUCUGCCAUUAACAUCCUUCUGGCCAGCCUGGCUUUUGCAGACAUGCUGCUUGCCGUGCUGAACAUGCCCUUUGCCCUGGUAACUAUUCUUACCACCAGAUGGAUAUUUGGGAAAUUCUUCUGCAGGUUGUCUGCUAUGUUUUUCUGGUUGUUUGUGAUAGAGGGAGUUGCUAUCCUGCUCAUUAUUAGCAUUGAUAGGUUCCUGAUUAUAGUUCAGAGGCAAGAUAAGCUAAAUCCAUACAGGGCUAAGGUCCUUAUUGCAGUCUCCUGGGCUACUUCUUUUUCCAUAGCUUUUCCUUUGGCUGUGGGAAAUCCUGAUUUGCAAAUACCUUCCCGAGCCCCACAGUGUGUGUUUGGGUACACAACUAAUUCUGGAUACCAGGCUUAUGUGAUUUUGAUCUCACUAAUUUCUUUCUUUAUACCUUUCCUGGUGAUACUGUAUUCAUUUAUGGGCAUCCUCAACACCCUUCGGCACAAUGCCUUGAGGAUUCAUAGCUACCCAGAAGGAAUAUGCCUCAGCCAGGCCAGCAAACUUGGUCUCAUGAGUCUACAGAGACCCUUCCAAAUGAACAUCGACAUGGGCUUUAAAACACGUGCCUUCACCACCAUCUUGAUCCUCUUUGCUGUGUUCAUUGUCUGCUGGGCCCCAUUCACCACAUACAGCCUCGUGGCAACCUUCAGUAAGCACUUCUACUAUCGGCACAACUUCUUUGAGAUUAGCACCUGGCUACUUUGGCUCUGCUACCUCAAGUCUGCGUUGAACCCACUGAUAUACUACUGGAGGAUUAAGAAGUUUCAUGAUGCCUGCUUGGACAUGAUGCCCAAGUCCUUCAAGUUCUUGCCACGUCUCCCUGGUCACACAAGGCGACGGAUACGCCCUAGUGCUGUCUAUGUGUGUGGGGAGCAUCGGACGGUAUUGUGAAUACUGUAACUCUGAGACAUUUGGAGUCAUUAUGGGUCUUUACUGACUGAAAUUUUUUCAUAUGGCUUCUAAACUUUGGGGUUUUUUUUUAUAGUGUGUGUGUGUGUGUGUGUGUGUGUGUGUGUGUGUGUGUGUGUGUGUGUGUGUUUUGUAAAAAAAGAAUGGUAAAUACUUUGAUCCUGAAACCAAGGGUACACUGUAAGAAAGUGGAAAGUGGUCACAUUAUGUUACCUCUAGAUUAAGAAAGCUUUGCGGGGAUGUGUUUGUUUAGUUGACUGGUUUUAUUUUUGCAGCAUGAAUCAAGAUUGUGCUUCAUGGAACCUGCAGUUAACUUGAAUUGUAGGUGGUUUUUUUGUUCUUGUUGUUUUUUUGUUGUUGUUUUGUUUUUAUGCUGCUGAGGCAAGCUUGGUUGAGUUAAUCAGUUCCUUUUCCUUUCCUACAAGACACUGCUGCUCUUUGCCAUAAUAUUGGAAUCAAAUCCCUAGGCAUCUCAGUUGGUAGAUACUUAGUUUUAUUUAAAAACAAAACCCAAGGAGGUUGGUGACAUUUUAAAGGUUAUUACAACUUACUUUGGUGCACUUUAAGAGACAAUGUACAAAUGAAUUCAGUUGUGUUCUUAGAAUUGUUUUUAUAUAUGACAUAUUGUGCUUUGGGAGACAUGUGCUUAUGAUCUCUAGGUAGGUAAUUUUUAUUAAACAAUGUUUUAGCUGCAUGUCCAGUUUUAAAAGGAACACAAAUACAUAGGGAUUUUUCUAAGCACUAGUGAGUUUUCAGAGCACCAGGGAACCACCGAGGAGGCACAGCACUAUAGCAAAUUUCAGGGAAGGAGGAGCAGAAUGAGAGGGUGGCUGGUCCAACUUGUGGCCAUCUUGCUGAUUCGCAUAUUCUCACCAAGUUCAGAGAGAAGAGGCCACCACUAUGCAGUGGUGCUGUAUUCAAGGUGUUGUGCAGUGCUCUGCCCUCGUAGCUUUCUGUGAGGUAGGUAUCACUUGUUUCCUUUUUAAGAUUAAAGAAAUACAAGUUUCCGAGGGACAGAAAUCCUGCCCAGAGGUUUUGGUAGAGCUGGGCUCCAAACAUCUGAGAUGCAGAUACAGCUGCUCCAUUGUGCCACAUAGACUCCUCAUUCAUUUUGAACCUGUCGUAGUCAAGGGGGAUGUUACAUAUUCUUCUCUUCUCUUCUCUUCUCUUCUCUUCUCUUCUCUUCUCUUCUCUUCUCUUCUCUUCUCUUCUCUUCUCUCUCUCUCCUCUCCUCUCCUCUCCUCUCCUCUCCUCUCCUCUCCUCUCCUCUCCUCUCCUCUCCUCUCUUCUCUUCUCUUCUCUUUUUGAGACAGGGCUACCAUGAAGACCAAGCAAGGUUUGAAGUUGCUGUGUCUGACUUGGAGUUUCUAAAGGAAGCAAAUGACUUUGGCUAGGGUCUGAAGAUCAAUAUAAAUAUGAAAAUAAUGUGAUUUUUCAACCUAUAGAACAAGCGACUGACAGUUACUGAGUGCUUAGUACAGCUGGGGGUGGAUCUUGCCCUGGCAGCUUUGGAGGUUUCCAACUGUCUAGCACACUCUAAU